UCGCGGUGCCAUAGGAAAUCUGGAAGUAGUGAUUCAACAUAGGAUCGCAUGACCGCGGCCAGAGUUGUGACGAAGGCUUUGUCCGAUAGAUUGCUUGGAGGGUAAAGCGUAUAUUGGAGAGUGUCCUCCGAAAUAGCGGGCGGCCGAUUGAAGAUAUCCUUGAUAUUCAUGAUUGAAAAGCUUGCUUGCCAAAGGAACUAGAGCUUUAGAUGGAAACAAGAGAGACUGAGCCAAGUUGCAGGGUAAGGUAAGACGACAGGGGACAAGUGCGAUUUCAGAACUCAGGAGGGCAAAUUAUGAUGUAAGGUGAAGAAGCGCCCAUAUUCAGCAAGACGCGGACGCGCCUGGAUGCACUUCAAGCUCAAUACCAGCGACGACGCCAAUAAUGGCGACAACAUCUUUCAAAGACAGGAAUCUCCUGGCCGUGAUCGGGGAUGAAGAUUCUGUGACUGGCAUGCUGCUCGCAGGUAUCGGUCAUGUUGAGCACCAGAAGAAGAACUUUCUGAUUGUGGACUCCAAGACACAGGUGUCAACUAUUGAAGCCGCCUUUCAGGAGUUCACUGAGCGCAAGGACAUUGCGAUUCUCCUGAUCAACCAGCACGUUGCUGAGAAGAUAAGGCCAACCGUAGAUAAAUACCAACAAGCGUUCCCUGCUCUAUUGGAGAUCCCGUCUAAAGAUCAUCCCUACGACCCAUCCAAAGACUCGGUACUGAAGCGUGUACAGAAGUUGUUUGGAGACUAAGCACCCUGUCUUGGACACAUUCUCCUUAUCGACAUGCAUUUGUAACUAAUAAAUGAUACACCAACACGGUAAUUUCUGGGAGGCCGCGAAGUGAACUUCCAGUUGAAUGAUAUCACAAGAAGAUGCACUUUCUUAUCACUUGUGCCAUCGUAUUGACCGGUCAUUCCCUGAACCAAUUACAAAUAUGCGUUUGUGAUUUGGAGACUGUGAAUCUAUACGGUGACGGAAAUAGUCAGUCAGUC